UAAACAGUUACAAGGUUUUAAUUCACAACGAUAUUUUUAGUUCUUCGGGUGAAGUUAAUAUCUUAUAUACACCGGCUAUUAUAAUAAGUUUCUAUAUUAAUUAUUUUUGUGUGUUUGAACAAUUUAAAAAGUUGAACUCUAAUACGAAAGUGUCUUUUGGAUAUCUCUAAUCUGACAUUCACUACUAGAAGAUAAUGCGGCGUUUAGAUGCAAUCAAGAUAAUGUUCGUGUGCUUGUGCAUAUGGCACAUGUGUCCGGCUCAUCAGUGUGGGGAUAAUCCCCUAAUGCUAGUGGAUGAAUUCUCCAGAGAACGAGGAUUUAAUGCUGAGGCAAUGUUGGAAUAUAUGAGAGAACGUUUCCCAAACGACUAUGAGCAGCUUAUGACUGACUAUCGGGAGUAUUUGGCAUGUCGGCAGAUGAUGAAUACGGGUUACUUCAAACGUUCAGUAGAUGAACAAGAGACGUUUCAUUCAGUACGGCAACAGCAUAUAAACAACGUGGACAAACAAUUUAAAAAUAAAUAUGGUGACAUUGUGAAGGUGCUCUUUGGAUCAAGACAACAAGUUCCUGAUUUGAGCAAAGAUAAUUUUAAUUCCAUACCUGCAAUCAAUACGGAAAGCUUAGACAAUCCACUAGACAAUCAAGAUGAUCUUCCGUUUAUAAUAAAACGACUGCUACGACGGAGUAAGUUGCCAGCGUUGCACCUAAAGAGAAACAGAAGAUUGCGCGCAAAAUAUUUUAUGGACGUAUGACGUCAUGAAAUCACGUGACUUCUCAUGCUGACGAGAACCAUCACAUUCCCUCAACUAAUACUUGUUCAUGUGCAUAAAAUAUUUGUUUUUAUUAAUUAAUUUAUUUAUUUACUUACUGUUGUUGAACAUAUUUAUUGAGUUAGUUUUGUUUUUUUCUGUACAAAAUGGAAUCAGUGAAUGUUAGAUGAUAUGAAAGAAGAGAUAAAUAAACUUUAAUGUACGUUUGAGUUGAACGCGUUUGUUAGAAUUUGAACGACACGACAAUCACAGAUGACACUGCAAAUCAAAAAUUUCAGUGAUUUUUAGAUGAAAAUUGAA